GUCGUGUUCUUGUCACAAUAAGUUCUUUUUGUAGGUUCACUUAUUAGUAUAACAAGUCCUUUUUAGGUUGUGAUCUAGAAGUAGCAUCUGAAGGGUGCAGGAAAAGGAAGUAGUCUGCUGGAAUAAUCGGACACUCUUUUGGCCUUUUUUCUUUCUUUUACUCUCCCACGCAGGACCAUGGUAUGAAGCAGACUUGCUAUCUUUCUGUAAGAUUUCUUUUUUUCCCUUGGCCACAUCUUAGAAGUUGGUGCUAGGUGUUUGGUGGCAUUUUCCUCAGAAAUGUUGUGUGCUGGUAUGUGAAUGCCUGCCAGAAAGCAACUAGGCUACACAUGGCUAUCUUGAAGUAAUUUUCACUGUCUUGAAGCAAAAUAGGUUAAGCAGUGUUAAGGUACUAGUCUUAGACUCACUGCAGAAACAACAACAACAAAAUAUUAAAGAUCUUAUUUUACCAUUUAUGUUUAGAUUUUAGGGGAAAGGGAUAUUUUUGGUCCUUCUUCUCCCCAACUUUACCAAAAUAUAAUUGUUUUUGUGUUCCUUAUUUCUAGUUAUUUUUUCACUUUUGACAGUUCCCAGCUUAAGACUGGAGUCCUUUAUACAAGGUAAUGCAUAUGAAGAGAUGGGAACUUGGUAGGUGCCCAGGUAAGAUCAGAGAAAGGGGAUCUGUUCCUCAACAAAGGAGAAUAGAAAUACACAGAAGUGCUUUAAGUCACGCAGAAAGUCUCUGAUAGCUUUUCUGAUUUCUUCUGUUUCAAAGCCAACAGGCCUCCCUUUCCCCUUUUCAAAUUUGUGAUAAUGUUUUUAAAAUGUUAUGUCAUGUGACCUGCAAACCAAGGAAGGGAUUUGAAGCUGAAGAUGACCUUUAGUGGUGAAUUAUUUUCAGUAGACAAAAAUUUAAAAUAAAACCAACUAAAACUUCGUUUGAGAGCCUAAAAUGGGUAUGGAUUGUCCACUAUAGGAAUGUCAAUGUUAAUUAAGCCAUGUUAGAAAAAAAAAAUUAAAAUCGUUUCAGUGCAUGGGAACUCAGGAGCCUCUGCAAAGCGUAAGCAAAGGACUCUUGCACAGCUUUGAGAAACUUAAUCUUCCUCUCAUCUGUUGGUGGGGGAGUGGGUAGUAGUUGUGUUAAUUGUACAUCUGAGUCUGUACCUAUGUUGCCCAUUAUAUUGGCCAUUUAAGGGAAAGGAAAACCUAGAAACAUGUCCCUAAAACCAGCCAGCCUUUGCAGUGCUUUGAGCCAAACCCCCGAAGGAUGCAUCUACCUCUCAUUUCCUUUCUGCUCAUCCCCAUAUUGCACGCUCUGAUUGCUGGCUACUGCCCCUCUCCUGGGGGGUGCCAGAGGGCUGUGGAGGUUUCUGAGCUCUCCAUGUCAUUGCCAGCAUGUGCUCAGCCCUGCCUGAUGUUCCAGUGAGGCUGAACUGGAGGAGACUGGGCAGGAUGCUCCCCCAAGGAGAACCUGGACCUCCAGGAAUAAUAGGGUGCUGAUGGUAGGCAGCUGUGAUGAGCUGAAAGGUCUGGCUCUGAGCCUGGCUCUGCAGGAUGCAGGAGGAAGGAGGGGUGGAAAGCAGUGAUGAGCCUAUUGUUUCAAAUGAACCAGCAACUGGCUGAUUGAUGCUGGGGGCUCAUUGUUGAUCCCUUUGCUCUUAAGCGCAGCUGUGGAGAGCGGAGGGGGAUGGAGGUAACUCCAUGGGAUGGAGGUAACAUUAUACAUUAGACUUCAGGUGAACAGAGAGGCAGUGGGCAUAAAUUAAAAAAAAAGAAAAAAGUAUUAAAAUCCAUCUGGAUACAAGAAAAGCUUUUGACUGGGGAUGUGCUCAAACACUGCAACAGGCUGCCUAGUGUGGUGGUGGAGUCACUCUCUGCAAAUACUCCAAACCCGAUGGGUGGCUGUGCUGGGCGGCUCUGCCUGACCCUGCCUGGGCAGAGGGGGCUGGCCUGGGUGGUCUCCAGAUGUCCCUUCCAACCCCACCCCUUCUGUGAAAGCUUCUUUAAUGUUUGGAUGUAUUCUCUUGCUGCUGUUGUGGAACACUUGGGGAAUAAUUACAAAUGCCCCUGCUGGGCACUUGUCUCACAAAUACUGCUGUUGUGUAAUCACUGCAGUUCUAAUUGUAUAGGGAAAGCAUCCAAGUGCUAAGUAGUUAAUUGACUAAACUCCCCAAUUUAAGCAACAAAAGCAAAAAAAAAUAAAAAUAAUAAAAAAAAAAUCCACCAGUAUCUCCCCCUUCCCUGAACCAAGAAAACACCAAAACACCCUAAACCUUAAAAGACGUUUUGGUUUUAAUCCGUUCAAAUAUUACGGUUAUGAGAAGUAAAGGUAGCUUUAUUAUGACAGAAUUGUUUAUUAUUUUCCCCUUAUUCCCUCUAGUUUUGCCACAAAGUACUAUCCUCAAAGUAUCCUGUGAAAAAUGAAAUAAAAAGUAGGCAGGAAGAUAAGAGGAGGAGCAGCAGAGAAAAUGUAAGAGAUCCCACCAAACCAGUUUAUGCCUUUCAGCCCAUGAAUAGGAAGUCAUGAGAUGAUUUGAGAGAACUUUCCUGUAGCUGUGUUUCUUUGCUGUGCUCUCUCAGCCCUCCCCUGAUUGCAUUUUGCACAGCCCUCAGAAAGACUGCAGUGCAGUAGUUGGCAAGGAGGGAAUUACUAGGAGGGAAAAUCAAGCUGUGGUGGCUCCUCUUGCAGUGUGGUGUUGCUGAGAUCUGCAUUUUGGAGGAGGUAAUGAACGACUACCUUUGGGUUUCCAAUUUGGAAGUCUGGAAGCUUGCAAAAAAAGGGAUGUGGCUAAGUUUUCCUUAAAUGUCCUUAGAGUGUGCAUGGCAUGCUGGACAACCACUAAGGUUAUUGAUGCAGUGGUUUGGGUUUUCUUUUUGAUACAAAGCACCUGCAGUUUCUGCCUAAUACUUUGUUUUUAAUCCUCUGUGCUCAGACAGUGGAGAAAAAGGUAAGGUACUUUUUGUUGACUAAAAUAUAAAGGAUAAUGGAAGUAAUUUCUGUAUGUUGUAGCAUGCAACAAUAACUGUGCUUGUUGGAAAGUAAAAGUUUGAUUGCCUUUUUUAUUGCUUGUAAUACACUGAAAUUCUUUGUAAUAAUUUCCCUGAAUUAUCUAGUGUAUUCAAGUCGAGAAAUAGUUAUGUGUACUUCAUUAGUAUUAAAAGGGGUUUUUUUUUUUGUAGUCAGUUUUCACUUUGAUUUUCCAAUAUAAUAUGGAAAUAUUUUCAAGAUCAACUAUUUUCAGUUGUACUGAGAAUGUUCUUCUUUUUAUGUUAAUCUUAGGAGCUAAAUCCCCAGUCCUUUUUAUGUCUUACCAAUAUCUUUGGAUUUUUUUUUCAUGCCAGAUUUUUAAGGGCAUAGCACUGUCAUAAUGCUGCUGUUCAGCUGUGGAGUGCACUUGUUUAGUAAGAAUAAAACUUUGGAGGGACCUUAAUUCUCUGUGGUUUGGAAGGGAUUGGUUGGUGUCUUGGGAGGGAAAGGAGAGGCUGAAAGUGCAAAACUCCCUGCACUAAAUUUGGAUUUAUACCUAAGAAUAUGAAGAAGCUGUGGCCCAUGAUCCUUGAUAUCAUUGGUGUCUGAAGUCAGUAUGGGAGCUAAGAGUUUUAGGACUUCAGUUUUUUGCUGAGUUAAUAUGUAAAUGUUUAGUACAGAAAUUUGUACUACUUUCACAAUGUCUGUAGGUAUAAUGGGCUGACUCGUAAUUUAUAUACUGCUUUGGUGGGGAAAGCGUACAGUUGUAGAUCUCCUUUUUGUUUGAGUAAGCAUUUACUCCUGGAGUUUUCUAUCAAUCUCAGUGCUGGGCUAUUUUUCCAGGCACUGUGUUUGUAGAAUGGACCAGAUUGGGCUUUCAUGGGCCUGUGUGUGUUUUGCCAGAAUCUGUAACCACUCAUUAACAGGUUACUUACUAUGAUUGUGGUCCAGAGUAACAUUGCAGCACUAGCAGUAGCAAAAUAUCAGCAGUAGCCUUUCCUUUCCAUUUCCUGAGGACCAAAGGUGAAUUGUAGCACGUGAUUAAGAUCAAAACUAUCAGAAAGCCACAAACCCCCCCGUUUUAUAGCCGUGGAAGCCUGUGGCAUUCCUCCUGACUGGCUAAACGCUAUCUUGGUCUCGCGUUACAAAGUCCCGCUCUGCUUCAGCUGGGGCCACGGGAGCGAAACCCCAGCUUGUGUAGGGCCAGGUAAGCGUUUCUGUGACGGUGUGACCUUCCGUAGCCAGCCGUGUGUCGCUGCUGAGGCUGAUCCAUGUCCGCAGCGUCGUGUGCAGGAGGACAGCGCGGAGCUGGGCCCUCGCUGCCGCCCGGGAACGCCGCUGCCCUGGCACCGCCGAACAGCCGCCCGGCCUGCCCACAGCGCGCUGCUGGACUCGGGCCUAGGGCAAAGAAAGAAACCAGGCAGACUGUAGCAAAGCUCCCUUUAUUGGCAAGAGUAAAGAGAACCCUGUCAGAGCAUUGAGAAAGCCUAUUCUUCUUUCUUCUCAAGCUGCGGAUCAAAUGAGAUUCAAAUAAAGCGAAGGAAAUAAAGUAUCUUAGAGCAUGGACACCAGUAAGAAGUCAGAACCUCCUUUAUCUGUAGAAAUGGUACAGCAGAGGGCCAAUCCUGACCGCAGUCCAUCAGCAUCCAUCUAUGUUCCAGAGCAAGGUGGCUACAAAGAGAAAUUUGUGAAUGCCGUGGAAGAUAAGUACAAAUGUGAAAAAUGUCACCUCAUCUUAUGCAAUCCUAAACAGACUGAAUGUGGACACAGAUUCUGUGAAACCUGCAUGAAUGCCUUGCUGAGGUCUUCUAGUCCAAAAUGUACAGCGUGUCAAGAAAGCAUAGUAAAAGAUAAGGUAUUUAAAGAUAAUUGUUGCAGGAGAGAACUACUUGCCCUUCAAAUAUACUGCAGAAAUGAAAACAAGGGCUGUAAGGAACAGCUAUCUUUGGGUCAAUUACUGAUGCAUUUGAGAACUGAUUGUCAGUUUGAAGAACUCCCAUGUCCUCGUGCUGAUUGCAAAGAAAAAAUACUGAGAAAAGAUCUGCCAGACCAUGUAGAGAAGACCUGUAAAUACCGGGAGACAACCUGUAAAUACUGUAAAAGCCAAGUCCCAAUGAUUAUGUUGCAGAAACAUGAAGAUACAGACUGCCCAUGUGUCAUGGUUUCAUGUCCUCAUAAAUGUAGUGUUAAAACACUCAUGAGGAGCGAGGGAACAAACCAACAAAUUAAAGCACAUGAAGCCAGCUCAGCAGUGCAGCAUGUUAACUUAUUGAAAGAGUGGAGCAAUGCUCUAGAAAAUAAGGUGGCCUUGCUCCAGAAUGAAAGUUUGGAAAAGAACAAGAGUAUACAAACUUUACAUAAUCAGAUUUGUAGCUUUGAAAUAGAAAUUGAAAGACAGAAGGAAAUGCUGCGGAAUAAUGAAUCUAAAAUACUUCAUUUACAGCGAGUGAUAGACAGUCAAGCAGAGAAACUGAAAGAACUGGACAAAGAAAUCCGUCCCUUCCGACAGAACUGGGAGGAGGCUGACAGCAUGAAGAGCAGUGUGGAAUCCCUCCAGAACAGAGUGACUGAGCUGGAAAGUGUUGAUAAAACUGCAGGGCAAGGAGCUCGGAAUACAAGCCUGCUGGAGACCCAGCUGAGCAGGCACGAUCAGAUGCUGAGUGUUCACGACAUUCGGCUGGCUGACAUGGACCUCCGCUUCCAGGUUCUAGAAACUGCAAGUUACAACGGAGUGCUGAUUUGGAAAAUCCGAGAUUAUAAACGGCGGAAGCAAGAAGCGGUCAUGGGGAAGACUCUGUCCUUGUACAGCCAACCCUUUUAUACUGGAUACUUUGGCUACAAGAUGUGUGCCAGAGUUUACCUGAACGGAGAUGGCAUGGGAAAGGGGACGCACUUGUCUCUGUUUUUUGUCAUAAUGCGUGGAGAAUACGACGCUUUGCUUCCUUGGCCCUUCAAACAGAAAGUGACUCUCAUGCUCAUGGAUCAGGGACCGUCUCGACGCCACUUGGGAGAUGCUUUCAAGCCAGAUCCAAACAGCAGCAGUUUUAAGAAGCCAACUGGAGAAAUGAACAUUGCGUCUGGCUGCCCAGUCUUUGUGGCUCAAACUGUUCUAGAGAAUGGAACGUAUAUUAAAGAUGAUACUAUUUUUAUUAAAGUCAUAGUGGAUACAUCGGAUCUACCAGACCCCUGACAUACACUGGGGGAGGCGGAUUAAACAGAAGGCAACUCCGUUUGGGGGUUUUAUAUCAGUUUGUCUUCAAUCAGAGGUCCUAAAGCUCACAGAACCACCUUGUGGAACAGAUGGAAGAGUUUGAAGGCAUAACUGCGUAGGGUCCAAUUGAGAAAGUAGCAACACAUUAAGAAAUCAUACCAUGGUAUAUUUUUUAAUAGAACUAGCAACACUUGAGCUCUGAAGAAUCACUUAUCCUUCAUCAGGGAAGUGAUUACGGUCAGAGAGGAUUUUUUUUAACUUAUUAAUGAUCUAGUCAAUUGGAGGUGAAAAGACAUAUACAGUAUGUGCUGAAUCAAUUACUGACUUUUAUUUCUCUUAAGCUAGAAUACAAGAAAAACCCUUCACAUGUGGGCUAGCUGGAAAUUGUCAGCAUGUUAAAAGAAGAUGAAGUAAUGUUACAAUUAUGAUAUUCUUUGAAAAACUGAGGUGCAAUCUUGUCUGAAAUAUAGUAUAUUGUCUUUUUAAGGCCUCAUCUGGUCUCUGUUUUAAUAAUUACUUUGUCAGAAGAUCUUGGAAAAGUAUCCAUGUCUUCUCAAAAGUAUCUGAAUCAAAAUCAUAUUUUUAUUUAAAGUUCUAUUGUUACAAAAAACAUUUUAUUUUAAAACUGUUGAUAGACUGAUAUUUCUUGGAAGAAAAAAUAGAAGAUAUCAAACACUGGUUAUCACUUGUGAUAGGAAAAAAAAACUAUUCAAUUCUGUUAUUUCUCUUUAGAAAUGUAAACCUACAAUAUAUGUCGUAGUUAAUGACACUAUUUCAAAAUUAAGGAAAAAUCACUCAUGGAUGCUGUGCAUCAUUAUCAGAUUUAUAAUUGUUUUCACCCUAAAAUAGGGCAUUUGUUGAACUUUGGAGUUCUAAACGGAAUCCUGUACAUUUUUUAAAGUUCUGCCCCAUGCUUUCCAAUCAAGCUAUAUAUGUUGCACAUUAUGCUGUCAGCAGUAUAUAGUAUUUUCAGUAUUGGGGAGGAGGAUUAGUGCUGAAAAAAGCCUCUAUGUUUGUUCUGUACUAGCAGCCAUUGCUUAAAGACAAACCAGCAAUGUCCUAAUACAGUGAUGGUGGCUUGCAUGCAUACAUGUGCCUUAGAUGUGCUGUGCUGCUUAUAAACCAUAGCUUUUUAUUCAGAUUAAUUCUGAUAUCUGAAAUGGUAGUUUAAUUGGACUUCAGGCAUAAUGUUUAGCCUUGUCUUCAGAGCCCUUAGGUACCUUGCAAUGUAUGAAACAGAAGCCAGAGCCCACUCCUUUGGCUUCUGCAGCUUCUAUGACUUGGCCAUGGUGGAAUCCAUCCUACUGAGGUGCCAAAACGUUAUGCUCAGUGCUCCUAUGGAGCUUGGACUAGACAGACUCCAUGGCCACUGUGAAGGCAGGUGACAUUUUUCCUCUAAUGCCUGUGCCUGUAAGGUGGCAUCACUUGAAACGAAUCCAUCUGAGAACUCUGGGGCUGUGAAUAUGGAUGCUCGUGGCAGCUUCUCAUAGCAGACAAGCAUCCUAAUGGGGAAUGCAUGGGCUUCUUUCUUGUAGCAGCCUGAACUGCAGUGGAAAGCAUUUGCUAGCCCUGAAACAUGCUGACUGCAACCUGCUGUGUUCAUCUGCUUCUAUUUAAUAGCCUGUGACAAGCAAGUCCAGAGACACAGCCUGACUGUGGUGCUCUUUAAAAUCCUGCUUAAGCAGAGUGGGCUUGCACCACUGUGUUUUCAGCCUUCAUGGGCUUGAAAAAACCUAUUGCAUCUCAGCCUUUAAUGUCAGGCUGUAUCAGUUUUCUGCUUUUUCGAGGCAUAGUCACAAUUUUUGUCUAAGGUGCAGUUGAAUUCAUGCCUUUGUAUUUCAGCUUGUCUUUGCUGUUGUCUUUUUUGGCUGUGCCUUCACACACAGUGCCUGCAAGAAGUAUUUAUGGAUAUACAAUGCAUGCUAAGUGGUCUUCAUGGGUUUUCCAGGCACCUGCUAGAAUACUGCCUGCUGCUGACUGUCCUGACCGUCGGCAGCAACUUGUCUUCCUUUUCUUGCCUUCCAUUGUCCGGGUACUGUACUCCCUCUAUGGUACGUGGCUGUCAACAGGUGCAAGCUCAAAUGUGGAGGCACCUGCUAGCAUUUAAUUUCUAGCACGGAAGGAGGAUGUUCUGCACAAGAGAUAAAUAUCUAUAGAUAUACCUGCAUCUAUAUCUCUAGAUAUAAUUGUAUGGCACUUGCAGUUUUAUGCAGGCUGCAUAAGUAAACCCAUCACUUACGCUUUAGGGCGAAGGUUCGCUCGACUUGUGUCAUUUUAAUAAUUGUGAAUGUAGGCAGCUGAGCUUUUGUGUUUGUGCAUCACAGAAUUUUACUGAAAACAGGAUUCCCAAGUGGAAAUGUCCAAAGGACUCUCCUCCCAUUGCUAAUGCAUGUCUUGUAAAAUUAAAUGAAACCGUUUGGCCAUCUCAAAACAGUUUAUAUCCUGUUUCAAUCUGGGACUUGGAGGAGAUUUCUAGUAUAAGCAGGGCCCAGCAUAUUCUGCAGAUUUGUGACUACAGUUUCCAACUUCUGUGACAGAAUUGCGCUUCUAAAUCCAAGCUCUUUAAAAAGAGGAGGAAUAAAAGCAUUUCCAGCCUUGGUGACUGAAAGAGGACUUUGAAACAUGCGAAUGUGUAAACCAAUAGGGAAGUCUUCCUGAGUCUGCACACAGCCUAAACUAGUAGCUUUAAGAGAUCUGAAUAUCUCGUCUUGGUGGGAUAUUGACUCAGAAACUUCACAGAGAAGUUUAAAUAUGAACACUGCUAACUAUCUAAAUGCCGAUCACUGUAGCAGAAACAUCAGUCACUGUUGUAUUUCACAGAUCUCUAUGCUGCUUUCCACAUCUCCCAAGUGCCAAAAGCACCAGCUGCCAGAAUCUUCAGCUUCACUUGGGCAGCUUUUAUAAUGCAGUAAUGUGCUAUCGAUAUAAAAAUAUUUUUGCAUAUGUGCUUUUUAUCACAGUUAAUAAAAUGGAGGCCUACUGCACUUAUUUUUUAAAACUACAUGAAGCUGCCAGAGAAUUUCCAGUUUGCCAACCCUGCGUACUGUGAAAUCCAGGAUCUUGCUACACAAAUUAGACACCGCCUGCUGUGGAAUACCUGAAGCCUUGACUGUAACACCCCUUUCUCCGCAGAACUCACAGGCCAUCUCUGUAGAGUUCUUACUGUGUACAUAGAAAUCGGUUUCCUCUGCUUUCCAGCAAGGAGUAUGUAGCAUUUUGUGAAAACAAGGCCACUGUAUAUUCUCUAAGUUGAAAGGAAAAGAUACCUGGUGCUUUACUCAACACUUUUAAGUUAUUUAACUGUUUCUCUCAUCGCUGAAAUGCCCUUUAUCCUUUUUCUCUUUGUUCCUGACUGAGGUAUCCAAAGUUUUCUAGGGCCUGUCUGUUUAAAGUGAUUCAUGGGACAACAACCUGCCCCCAAGGUAUACUCUUGAAUCCCGGCAAACUCCGGGGGGCUGUCGCUAUUGCAAGGGAGUCCCAGAGUAUUUGUGUUACUUUGAACAGAGUUUGUUCGGUGCAACCAUAUUGUCCUCUACUUAGUAAUUCUUAGCAGCACACGACUGAAGUCUCUUGCUGGUGUUCUUUCUUCAUGGUGAUGCUCCAAGUUAUGUACAAACCUCUCCCGUGUCCAGCUUCCUCUAGGGAGAUUCCAGUGUGUGACAAUCUGGAUGUUGCCCUUUGCGUGCACUCUUCAGCACAGAGUGCACCUGUUACCUAGUCUUGAAUCCUAAACAGGAUGAAACCUUUUGGGUGUUUAAAGACCAACCUGCAAUUAUGAUGCAUGACCAUGUCUGUAUUGCUUCUCUGAGCUAAUUAACUGGGGUCUUGUUUCAGUUACUGUCUACACGGUACACCUUCAACUGCUGACUUACAAUAUGCAAUGUUGAUUUCAGCCUUGUACUGUAAAUGUUGUUCUUCACAAAGAGAAUGUGCAAUAGGAAAAGGGAGUAGUGGGUGGCAUACUUUUGAUGGAAAAAACACGCUAGAUUUUUAAAAAUACGGGAAAAAAAAAAAAGAAAUGCAGUUUAUUUCCUUUUCUCAUGGUGGUUUCUACUUGGAAAAGGAAAGAUGAAGAUAUGUGCCUGUUUCUAUGCCUGGUGAAUUUCUCAAAUGCAAAGGUAAUAGAGAUUUGUGUUAGCUAGGAUUUAAGUGUUGAACCCACGAAUGUUAGGUUGUGAUUGUAUCGCUUGUGUUUCCUCAGCUUGCCACGAUUAUGGCUCACUGAGGUGGAGUUUAAAAGCUACCACCUAUUUGUAUCUGUAUUCCAUCACCUGGGAUAGGCAUUUCACCCAACAGUGCAGGGUAUCUGUUGAUAUUUUGUCUAGUUUUUAAAACUCUGGUGCUCAUUGGUCCAAGACAGAGAAGCGUGUAGGGAGUGACAAGGAAAGUUGCCUGCACUGCAGAAGAGUGAAAAAUGUGACUGUAGUAUUGAUGCCUUUGAUAUGAUAUAACUAUGCAAAUAUACAAAUAGGUGAGGGGGGAAAUUCUUGGGUUGCUUACCUAAUCUCUUAGAUUUUGCUCUGUAAAUUUCUUGUAUGUGUGUAGGUACAUACAUAUACACACAGACAUGCAUGCACAUAAAUAUGCAAAGUCUUUUCUUUAUGUAGAAGUGAUGAAACAAAACCCUUUCCUCCAAGUUAUACUUGAUCAAUUGGUGCAAAUAUAACUUGCUGCUGCUAAGGGAGGAUCUUGGCUAAGGGCAAACUUUGGUUCGUAUCUUUCAGGUUUGAACACCUGUAUGUAGCAAACACUUAGUUCAGCUUUUCUGAAGACUUUGAAUUGUAAUUUAGGACACAUGUUCUUCCUCAUGCUCUGAUAAUUUGGAGAUUCCUGUAUAUUGAACAACUGCAGUGAUGGGCAACUUUUUAAUUGCAAAUUAUUUCCUCUGCUUUGGAACAAAAAAUGAUAAGAAGCAUCUGGACCUCUUCCCUGGAAUUCCUGUCCUGUUCAGUCAAUAACUUGAUAUUCUGGUUGAGUUAGAAGUCAAAGCCACUGCAAUAAAAAUGAUUGGUUUAACAGUUUAAUCUGAGAAUGGUUUUUAAUACUGUGUACAGUGUAUAGCAAGUGCUAUUUCUCUUCUUUGGAACGAGGAAAUCAAGGAUGAGAUAUGAUUUGCCCAGAGUCACAAAAGGAAUCUCCUGGAGCUGGGACCGAAUGAGAGGUUCCAGUUCCCUGGUAUUAUCUCUGAAUCAUGAGGUUUUACUCUUCUAAUACAUUUGUCCCUUAAUGGAACUGGAAAAUCAGUUGACAUACCCUGAAGACCCACAUCAGGACAGUAAGGGCUAGAAUUAAACAUACAAGCUGUCGUGAUUUGGGGUUGCACACACGUGGUGGCCCAGACGUGCAGAGUGAAGGCCAGCACAGCCUGUCAGUGUGAGUAACACAUGAGCAAACACGUGUCCUGCUCUGUUUGUUCAGAAUCAUCUAACAAAACCAGUCUCGUUUGAUGCUCCUCUUAACUAAGGAGGGAGAACACCAUUGUACAGCAAAGUGGGUUCAUCUUUGUUCUACCAGUCAGUGUGACUGACCAUUUCUUUCUUGUGGGACUUUCUCCCUUUUUCUGUAAACCAGAAUCUGGAGGGCUUAAUUGUUCUUUCUUGCCUCUUAAUCCAGGCCUUUGCAGAGAAGCACCGGAUAGGAAGGCUGUGGAAAACUUUGGACUGCUGAUUCAGGGACAUCCUCUUAAGAUUUAGAAGAGUAGAGUUAUACAACAUAAGGGAUCUGACUAUUCCUGUUUCUCUUCUAAUAUAUGGUCAAGACUGCAGCUUCUGUCUUCCAUUUCAUGACGUCAGUGUAGAUAUUAGGCUGUGUUUUUCCAUUAUUUUCCCUCCAAGUUAGGAUUAGUUCCUUAGGGUUCAAGUAAGUUCUGAAUUUCACAGAGAAGCACCUGAACCAAAACCCUGGAUUCAAACAUCCCAGACUUGAUGUGGAACUCAAAUCUGGAUCCCAACUCUGUGGCUUACUAACCUACCCAUUCAGGGAAGGGUUUGUUGUCUCUAUGUGGUGUUUGUGUUUUUGGUCCUUUGGAACUAAGCUUUUAAUUUGGUUGCCAGUUCUGCAAGGACUUUUUAACUUCUUAGUGAUGCCGGUGUUCACACGCUCCAUUGCUGGCAGUGCGAUGCGUAGUGAUAAAAUUUGACUCUGUCUAAGGGUUACUGAGAUAAACCAGCAUUAUCAUUCGUAAAGGUCAUUUUCUUGCAUAGUGUUCCGAGCUUUGUAUUUGAAUAUAGCUCGCACCUGAAAGGACACAUCUUCCAACUAUGACCUGCAUCACUGGCAGAGAGUUGUGUAAUCUGUACUUGUGGAAUGGGAAGGUACAAGCUUCCAUCGUUGCUGAUGCAUCGUGUACUCCACCUAUUUUGUUUGUCUUAUAGCUGUUGUUCGGUUAAUACUUCUUUUUUUUUCAGUUUUAUAGAAAAAAAAAAUGGGGAAGUUCAGGAUUUUUUCUACAAGGUAUAAAACUCCAAUGAAUUAGUGGUGACUAGAGAGCUGUGAAAAAUACCCCAUUAGGAGAUGAUGGGCUAAAUGUAGGUCCAUUUCUCUUAGACAAGUAGGAUAACCUUUAAGAUGCAUGGAACAACAUAAUAAUCGGGAAAACUGAAGCUUACAUUUGUUUCCAAGAAAUUCUGUGAGAACUAUCUAUGGAAAAGACAUCAGUGAUUGAGAAUAAUGUACAAAUUAAUGUGUUUGAAACUUGUGUAUCCAUUUCUUUAAUCUCAUACUCUUCAGUGAACGGUACACUUGUGUUCAGUUUUAUGAUCAAAAACAAAGACCAAAGAAGGCCAGCCUCAUUUGAUUGUGUAUAUUCUGCCUGUCUUAAUUAUCAAUAGCUGUAAGGAUACAGUGCAAGUGAUCUGGUAACCAGUGGUUCUCGUCCUUUUCUUUUAGGGGGAAAAACAAUUUUAAAAUGUAUAAUUUAUUGCUCAGCAAUAACCAUGUUGUUAAAAUAAUAAAAAAAAAUAAUUAAUUAGCAACAUGUCUUAAUUUCCCAAUAGCAUUAUUAUAUGUUGUAUUUCAGUUUACUGUAUAUUGUGUUUUUGUAUUUAUUUGUGUUUGGAGGUCUUGCUAUGUCUUUUUGUGUUUAAAUGCUAAUAAACAAGGACAGUGUGUAAGAGUGUA